AUGCGCAAGACGUGGAGUUCGAGCUCUUCGUCGGGGCAGGCUUCGUCUUCUUCCUCGCAGGGAUCGUCACCGCGAGCGCCGCCGCCGCUCACUGCGUCCCCGCGGCUGCUGGUCCGCAAGUCGCGGCGACCACCAGGUCAUCCUAGCUCACAGUCGAGGUCUGGGCGGAAGAAGGACAAGGUCGAGGAUAAGGGCGACGAUGGAGUAGCGUGCGUUAUUUGCCUCGCUGACCAAACCACAGACACUGGCGUCCUCGGAUGCGGCCACUCGUUCUGCGCGCUGUGCAUCCGGGCGUGGGCGAGCGCGGCGAACGUGUGCCCGCUGUGCAAGGCAGCGUUCAAUGUCAUUUCCAUCUGCGAUGCCAAUGGCCGGGAGCAAGAGCAAGUCCAUGUGGCGGAUGUGGCACUGCGGCUGGAGGAUGUGCCGCCUCCUGAUGAGCUCGAGCUUGUCUUCUGUCUCCGAUGCGGCUCGUCGGACGACGAGCACAUCCUGCUCCUGUGUGAUGCCUGCGAUGCUGCCUGCCAUACACGGUGCUGCGAGCCUCCGCUGCCGUUCAUUCCGCACGGUGCAUGGUACUGCGAGAUAUGCGUGGCUGGCGCGCAAGCGACACGCGGGCCUGGGCAGCGGCGGCAGCAGCAGCGGCGGCGGGCGCUGCGCGACUCGUUUGCGUCGCUUGGAGCAGAAGAGGUUGCGGCGGAUGUGACUGAGGACGAGCUAAUUAUCCGGCACGACGACGACCACCUCUAUGAACUGGACGACUGCGGCGAGGACAUCUCGUCGCCCGUCCGCUUCCGGCCGUCUGCGGGGCUCGACUCGUACGUCGCUGACGACGACGAUCGUGCAUUUGUGGUCGUCUCGGAGGACGACGAGUCGGACUUUGAGUCUGCGUCGCCGCCACGCGGGCGGGCGCAGCGAAUGGCGCAAGCGGCGCGGGGGGCGCUGGCAGCGCAGCAGGCGGCUGCGUCGGCGAUGCCGGCAGUCGGCACCAAGCGGCGCAGGAUUGUGGACGAGUCGGACGAGUCGUCAGACGACGACGAUGACGAUGGCAAGGAGCUGCGGCUGACUGCAGCGCGACCCACCAAGCGAGCCCGUGUUCUGAUAUCCAUCUCGUCCGAUGACGACGACGGCGCUGGGUCGUCGAGCCUCUCGACUGUUCCAGACACUCAGUCGCCUGAGAUGGCGGCGCCACGCGGAGCUGCAGGCGAGCGUGUGCUGGAGACUCCGACGAAUCUACUGUCGGGCCGGAGUCGGCGCUCGCUGUCGCGGUCGCCGGGUCAGGCGCAGCGAAAGGUGGUGAGUGAGACGCCGCUGCGCGAAUCGCCGCCGAGCCGGCGUGCGCGACGGCACGUUCCGCCGCGGCCGCAGCUUCAGCCGGAGUUGCGCGAGGAAGUUCGCGAGGACAUUCUGCGGUACCACCAGACGCCACCGCGGCAGGCAUCAGAGGACGAGAUCCGCAAUCGGAUCUUGGGUGGUGGAGCGACGGGCGGGCGCGGGCGGACGCUGCUCUCGCGCAACCUGCAGGGCCUGCUGCGACAUGUGCAAGUCCACUCGCGGCACUUUGUCAACUCGCAGCCGGCAGUGCCGACGGCGGUGUCGAGCGGCACGACCCAGACGCUGCAGAUUGUGCGACGUAUGAUCGAUAUCAUGAGCUCCAGCAGCUCUUCGGAUGACGACGCGGACGCGGGCACAGCCAAGUCGGAGAAGGUCACGGCGGCGGUGGCAGACGAGACCAGGACCAAGGGUAGGAGCAUUGAUAAGGGCAAGGACAAGGGCAAGGGCAAGGGCAAGGGCAAAGGCAAGAGUAAGGGCAAGGGUAAGCGUAAGGCCAAGGGUAAGGGAAAGGGCAAGGGCAAGUCGAGAUCCAAGCACGCCCGACAUGCUCUGGCGAGGCCGAUGCCGCCGGGGUCUUGGCGGCAUCAGGCCAAGGCGAGCAUGGAGGCGAGCGUGUGCGAGGGCUCUCAGUACGUGUCGGCAUCGAUCGAGUCACACGAGUAGAGUAUUGGUGUUACUACGAGAACAGCUAUGUCUCUGCGGCGCCGCCAGAGCAAAUGGCGUGAAUGAGGGCUGGCAUGUUGGAGUCGGCAAGAGCCUUGCGGCAGGCGGCGAUGACACGCUUUGCGGGCUCGCCGCGGCGGAGCCUUGCGGCACGCUGGAUCAUGCGGUGGACGUCGCGGAGCUUUUCGAGAAGGGCGCUGUGGUUGUUCUUGCGCUUGGUAAACUCUGUAAGGAGGUCGC